AUGCCUAGUAAGCCUGAGUCCCAAGUGGUUUGCCCAGACUGUAAUGAGAAAUUAAAAAAAUGUUUAAUACAGCAGAAUUACGCCAUUAUCAUAUGUCCCAGCCCCACCUGUGGCUAUCCUUUCAACCAACGGGACGUGCUCGAGAACUUAACGUACGUAGACGAUAAUGACGUGUUGAAAGUUGCAAAGAAAAGACUGUCCACACGAACCAAACCAUGA